AUGAGACCGGCUGUCGCUCAUAAGGGGUAUACGGAUUUGCCAGAUAAGCCAGAUAUGGAAAGCGUAUUUCUUUCGACCAAUCCCAAAGUUCAUGUGUCUCCUACACAACUGGCUUGGUCUCCGUUUGAUAUUCCCACGGAAAAAACAACCUUUGUAGAUGGUCUUAAAACAGUCGCAGGAUCCGGUGAGCCCUCUUUACGAGAGGGUCUGGCAACACAUGUUUAUACAGCUAAUGCUAGUAUGAAAAACCAAGCUUUUGUCAAUCAGGAUGGCGAGUUUUUGAUUAUGCCACAACAGGGUCGUGUUGAUGUUCAAACUGAAUUUGGCUGGCUUUAUGUUCAGCCAGGAGAGUUCCUGGUAGUGCAAAGAGGAAUUAGAUUUUCUGUGAACCUUCCUGACGGUCCCUCUCGUGGUUAUAUCCUUGAGAUUUGGGGUUCAAAUUUUGAAUUACCGGAUUUGGGUCCUCUUGGAGGUUACGGUAUGGCUAACGCUAGAGACUUUUUAUACCCACAAGCCAGCUAUGAUUUAGAACCAGUCUCAAACUUCGAGAUCAUUACGAAACUCAACGGCAAAUUUUUCAAAAGUACACAAGAUCACACGCCAUAUGAUGUGGUUGCUUGGCAUGGUAAUUAUGUUCCCUACAAAUAUGAUAUGACAAAAUUUGUCAACAUUGGCUCCAUUAGUGUAGACCACAUAGAUCCCUCGGUAUUUACUAUCAUGACUGCAAAGUCGCGAGACCCAAAUGCUGCUCUGGCAGAUGUUAUGAUUUUUAUGCCACGAUGGGAUGUUGCAUCGCAUACUUACCGUCCUCCUUAUUACCAUCGUAAUGUCGCAUCAGAACUCAUGGGUCUUAUUUACGGUGAUUAUGGUGGUAGAAGUGACUCUUUCCAGCCGGGGUCAGUUUCUUAUGAAACGGGAAUGACUCCCCACGGAGUUGCAUAUCCCGAAUUCAAGGCCGCCUCUGAGAAUCCACCUCCGACCCAGCAGAUCUCCCUUGGCAGCAUGGCUUUUAUGUUUGAGAGUUCUCGCCCUUUUACGAUUACUGAUUAUGCUUGGAAGAGCGACAAGAUUCACUUCCAUGAAACAGGAAUGUGGGAUGAUUUGGUGAAUAACUUUACUCUACAUUUGGAAGAAGUUAAGAAGCUUACCAAUGGUAAACAUGAACAUGGUGUGAACCACUAA